GUUCGGUUGCCACAACAACCAGGCCCAAACACACCAAGCGCACAUGCUUAACGGCGCUCAGUUGUCUGCUUUCUACCGGGAGGCAAAGAUUUGCUGCUUUGUGAAAACUCUGAAGCCAGCCAGCCAACAUCUGAUGCAAUAUUUGCACACGUCUUAGGUGCCAGAUUUUGUGUGGAAUUUUGCUACUUUCACCUGCUGAUGCAAGGAGAAAAUGCCCUUUAAAUGCUUUCAAAAGCGUUCCCUUAACAAAUCCGGGCUUUUGGAUUCCUUAAACGGCCAGCGCUGGCGUUUCCUGAAAAAUGGCUUGGACGAUUUCAGGGACGGUUUCCCUCCUCCUUGUGACAACAUUGUCAUCCGACGCCCAAAGGAGCUCACCCCUAUUAUUCUCCCUAGUAAACCUGAGGACCCGGGCAAAAUGCAACCGAGGGCCAAAAGGAUGCUAACCAAGCCCCAGACGAAGACCUCCAAAAUCAGCCCAAAUCUGCAAGCCAGAAGGGACUACAUUGCUCAGAUUGAGUAUUGCCUUAGCCAGCACCCCUUAGCCCUCUACCCUCAUCUGGAAGAAAGCAUUCCCCCAGAGCUUUUCAAGGAAGUUCUAAGCAUCCUGGACCCAGAGAUGCUUCCGUUGAAUGAAGACGUUGUUGCUGAUGCUGACAUUACACAGGAGCACCCAGUUCCCUCUGCAGUUCCAUCUCAGUUGGAGGACAAAAGAAAGAAGCAACCAGGGGCCAUGCUCAUUGGCUGCAAGGACCCCAAAGGCAAGGACCCUUACAAGUGGUUCACUAAAACGGAAAUAGCAGCAAGAGAAAGAGAGGCCAGGAUGAAUUAUGUCCCUCCUGUCGGCGAGAAUGUGAAACAAGCUGCGAAGGAGUUCUGCAGGUGGUUUGAUUCUCUGGGUGGAGAGAAAUACGACUUUGAUGAAGCCACCAUUAUAAGCCUCUUUGAUACAAAUUACAAAACCAAGCCCCCGUUGUCUGGCCCGAUACACGUUGAGGAGCUGAACUAUUUGCCUGCUGAGUUGCGGAAGUAUGUAGGGAUGCCAUCUCCCCAGACCACCCUGAGAAGCGAUGCUCAACAAGGUAGCCAUUCCAAGGAAUCUUGUCAAUCCAAGUCUGAGAAGAUCAGGUAUGGUGCCUGGUACCUGGACCCAAAGACUUGGAAGAAACAGAAACCUUUAGAAGAUCCAAAAGCAAAAGACAGAAGGUCCAGGAAUUCAAAGAGGGCAUUGGGUGAAAAGGAUAUGGAGAUCAUGCAGCUUCAUGGAACGUACGCUUUUAAGGAAUUCCUUGAAGGAAAAGGCUACCGGAUCCCAGAUUUCUUGCAGCAGAUGCUGGCUGUCGAAGAAGCAGCUGGACCAAGAAUGGGGGACCUGAGACGCUCCAGGAAUGAACUUCAGAGGUGUGAAGAGCCCGUAGAAGAUUUUACAUCAACAAUGGGGAAUUAAUAUAAAAGCUUGAACUUAUCAAGAGGAGGCCUAAGUGAGCGUGGGUCUACUGUAGGCCAGCCUAGUGGUUGGAGCGAUUGCCUGGGUGGGUUGAGGGAGGUGUGGGGGUGAGUAAGCUGGUUGGGGGGGGGACUGGAAUUGAGGUUCAAUAGCAGGGAGCCAGAGGUCCUGGGGGGGGGCAGUGGAUUUGGGGAGGGAAGAAGGAACUGGGCAGAAGAUGUGGGGUGUUGUUUUAAGGGUUUUCACAACAGCACUUAAAAUUUUCGUACUAAUUAAUCUUUUUUUCGUACUAAUUAAUCUUUUUUUUUAAAAAAGGAAUCCUCCUAUUGGGCAGGUUACUACCAUUUUACUAAUAUUUUAAUUAUCCUCUUCCCCCAAAUCUUCCAGCAAAACCUUUCAGAACACUUUAGAAUAGAU